AUGGGAGGAAUAGUAGAGGAAGGGUACAAGUCGAGCAAGAUCAUGAGUUACUCUGCCAUCAAAGCAACCACACAAGCGAUCCAGAAUGGUACCGGGGAUAUGUUAGGGAAAAAGAAGAAAGACGAUGUUGCUAUGAGGUUAAAGCUUUUGGGUGUUCUAAGGACGUUUGAGUCAAAAUUAUCAAAUCCCCCUCCGAAGAACCUGGAUUAUUCCCUCAGAUAUGCAUAUUGUUCUGAUGCUCCGGGACAUGACAUAGAAAAGUGUUGGCAUUUGAGGAGCGACAUCCAAGAGCUUAUCGAUACAAACCAGAUUGAGGUCCAAAUCCUGGGAGUGCCCAACAUCAAUCAAAAUCCCUUGCCAGCCCAUGCCGAAACACAUAUGAUUGAUAUAGUGUAUAAGGAUGGGAAGCCCGAGAAGCCUUCAAAGUCUAUCAUGAUAAUCCGUGCCAGUGAAAGUAAUUCAGUCAAAACUCCAAUUGUUACAAGUGCAACAUCUUCGACAGUUGAGGGGUUGACAGAUAAGCUAAGCAAGCUCGAUGUUAAGCCAUCCGUGGUGGACGUGAAGGGAUCCCCAGAUAACGCUGAAGCAAAUCAAGGAAAGCUGAAGGUGGUCAUGUCGGGGAUAGCAAGUAAGCAUGUCAUAAUUGUGGAAGGAGCUCGAACGACUCCUAUUGUCAUUAAACUUGUGACCCAGCUGCCGGUAGAUGACACCAAAGUUGUCCUGUGGAACUACAAACAAGUAAUAGUAACCUAUAAAGGGAAAGAAGUAGAAGAGGAAGUUAAUGAAACCCGGGGGUUGACUCGUUCGGGGAGAUGCUUUGCCCUAGAGGAAUUAGGGAAAGCCAAGCCACUCAAAGAUAGCCCAAUUCUAGUGAAGAAACCAGUCACCAAAGAGGAGGCGGAAGAAUUUUUGAGAAAAAUGAAGGUGCAGGAUUACUCCAUAGUGGAACAAUUGAGAAAGACCCCUGCUCAAAUUUAUCUUCUAUUAUUGUUGAUACAUUUAGACGAGCACCGCCGGGCCCUCAUGAAGAUUCUAAAUGAAGCUCAUGUCCCUGACAAGAUCAUAAUAAACCAUUUGGAGAAGAUUGCCAAUAAAAUAUUAGAUUCAAACAAGAUCACCUUCUCGGAUGAUGAGUUGCCUCUUGAGGGUGCGGAACAUAAUCGGGCUCUUUAUCUCAUAGUGAAAUACGAAGAUUCUAUGGUUACAAGGGUGUUAGUUGACAAUGGUUCCAGCGCAAAUAUUUUCCCUCUCUCCAGUCUGCAUAAGUUGAAAAUUGAUGCUGAGAGGAUCCACAAGAACAGUAUAUGUGUCAGAGGUUUUGACGAAGGGGGAAAAGACUCUGUUGGAGAUAUCGUGAUCGAACUAACAAUAGGACCAGUUGAAUUUACCAUGGAGUUCCAAGUAUUGGAUAUGGUUGUCUCUUACAAUUUGCUAUUGGGUAGGCCCUGGAUACAUGUUGCCAAAGCAGUCCCGUCUUCUUUGCACCAGAUGGUUGAAGAUAAUAAGGGGCCUUGGGUGUACCAAUUUUUUAAAACGGUGUCAGUUGAGAAGGUUCCGGAAGAGGAAUGUAUUCCAGGUCCAAAGCUAGCUUCUGCAACCGUCAUGGUAGAAAAUAAAAUGUUGAAGAAUGGUUUUUGUAAGGGUCUGGGCGCAUCUUUGCAAGGUAUCGUACAACCAGUGUCUCUACGUGAAAAUCUGGGUACGUUUGGUCUAGGGUUCAAGCCCACAUGGGAUGAUGUGAAGAAGGCUAAAAAGUUGAAAAAGAAGGCAUGGGUGCUCCCUAAGCCUAUCCCAUGCCUCUCCAGGUCUUUCGUCAAGUCAGGGGUAGUGAAGCGUCCGGUGUCCACAGUUCCAAAGCCUGUGGUUGACUUCGAUGAAGAGUUGAUUGAAAUGUUCUAG